AAUAAGGGAUAAAAAGAAUAUAUGCAACUUGCACUGCUAAGCGAGACGAUAUACCGGUUUUUAUCGGGGCUCCCGCUGAGCAAACCCAUGACUUUGAUACCUUCUAUAUUUGAUAUCUUUCCUCAGGGAACUUACCUCAUUGGUUCACUUCUCGUGAUUGGUGCAUCUGUAUACUAUUAUUUCCAAACCACUGAGUUGAAACUGUCCACAUAUGCACCCGUAAUCCUAACAGGCAGCGGCAUGUCCAUCAUGUACGUCAUGGCUCUGACGUUCGCCGCAGAACUCGUCAAAGCAGACAAGGUGCGCAUACGCAAACAUUGUAUGGAAACAGUGUAAUGACCGUAAUUUUAUUUUAGUCCUUCUGGCUAUAGUCACCCUCUUAAAUAGAUUUCCGGUUAACCGGAAUACACGUGAAAGACCGUAAAAAUGGACACGUCUCCGUUUGACUUAGACUUUAUAUUAGAGUGCCACAAUUAACUGAUAAAGAGUCCACUAUGAUUGAACUAUCAGAUCAAGAGAUCUGGCGCGGCUAUUUAUAAACACAGCCAUGUCCUAAACUUUAUACAUAUAAAGCUACCAGCAGGUUAAACGUAUCCACGUUUUUUAAAGUAUCUGAAACAGCUGUGCUGUGUUUUACAGGAAACUAGUGGAUCGGCAUUCGCCAUCAUUAUUUUUCUAGGGAGAAUAUCCAGCGGUGGUUUGCUGAUGGCUAUACAAGAGUUUUACCCAGAAAACGGGUGAGAUUAUAAGUAGAUCUAGCCUCCUACCUUAAUUUGGAAAAUCAAUAUUUUUGUGGUUGGGUGAAAAAUUGAAUUUAAUUAAGUACCGAUUUCUAGGAACUUUUGUUAUCGGCUAGAUCUUUACCGUCUUCUCUGUUUUGAUGCAAGGAAAGGCUGCAAAUUGCCAUGGUUGGCUAGAAUGCAUGAUUCGGGUGAUUAAAAUGUCCCGCUACCUCGAUGCGUUUUGUUAAUCUGAGGCAUAUACUAAAAGGCCCAAAAGCUGCCCCUUUUUAAUUCUUAGUUCGUCAAGCGAAACGCGCCCAAGAAAAAACGCCUGGAGGGCGAUUUUUAGUUAUUUAUUUUUAUUUUAUUUUAUUUUAUGUUAUGUUAUGUUAUGUUAUGUUAUGUUAUGUUAUGUUAUGUUAUGUUAUGUUAUGUUAUGUUAUGUUAUGUUAUGUUAUGUUAUGUUAUGUUAUGUUAUUCUAUUCUAUUCUAUUCUAUUCUCUUUUCUUUUCUUUUCUUUUCUUUUCUUUUCUUUUCUUUUCUUUUCUUUUCUUUUCUUUUCUUUUCUUUUCUUUUCUUUUCUUUUCUUUUAUUUUAUUUUAUUUUAUUUUAUUUUAUUUUAUUUUAUUUUAUUUUAUUUUAUUUUAUUUUAUUUUAUUUUAUUUUAUUUUAUUUUAUUUUAUUUUAUUUUAUUUUAUUUUAUUUUAUUUUAUUUUAUUUUAUUUUAUUUUGUUUUAUAGCUCUACGUCCAGUUUGAGUGAAAGCGACUACGUGCAUCAUGUAUUUUCUAUAGUUCCCGCUCUAUUGGCGCUUGCUGGCUCGCUGAUGGUUUUGUUCUUCCGUCCACCGUCAUGUCGUACAAAAAGAAGUUGGUACCGUUUCAAACUUUCCAUGCAAUUAUGUCUUAUCAUCAGCUAAGUUGGUUAAGAUAUAGCUUCUGUACAAUAAUUUUAAUAAACAGAAUCAAUAUGACAAAAAUCAUCUCUGGACACUGAUUAUGUCAUGCAGUUUGUAAAUAAAACUAUGAUCGAAUUUCAUCUCCUUUGCUAGACCGCCCUGAAUGGAUUGUUUUACAUCAGCCUUUCGUAAACUAAUGCUGUCGUUUGCUUGUGCUACGAAUAGUGUUAAGAGGCCGUUUCUUUCAAACUGAAUUAACUAGCCUGCCAAAACAGCCGUUUCUCCUCGCUCCACCCCGCUUUGGACGUUUCGCCAGAAGAGACUCUGAAAACGUCCCAAGCGGCGAGGAUUGGUGAGAAAAAUAAAUCUGAUCAAACGUCCCGCUGAAUUAAAGCAGUGAAGACGCCUUAGGAUCUGAAGUAAUUUUGAGCAAAAGCCUGUUUAUUACUAAAAUUCAAAUUAACAGGCAUCAAUUUCAAUAUUUUACUGUUGUCGAUUUCUUUUGCCCAAACAAACACUAUGGUUGGAUCUUUUGAAACAUACAUUAUGGGUGGAUCUAGAAGGGGAGGCACGGCCUUCAUCCUUUUUUUCUAAAAUUAGUUGAAUGUCUAUAGAAUUAUCAGUUGAAUUUUUCUUCAAAAAUCUUGAUUCAUCAGUAUGCACUCAGAGUUUUUUCUAAAUUUUCUGGAUCCUAGAUCCAUGGCAUUGAUCGUGUACGGAAACGGAACAAGAGGAGCAGUGAGCAGUUCAUGGGGGCGUUUCCACUUAUGUCUCCAUGAAACAACCUCUUUAAUAUAAGCUAGAUUAGCUUUUUAGCUAUUUUCCAGGUGGCUUGUACCUUACAUAAGUAGUAUUGUCUCUUUUUUAAUGUCUUUUUUCGGUGUGUGGUAUAAAUAAAAUUGCUGUAUUGUCUUGUCUAACAAACGCGUUGUUCAUUUUAGGAAUAUCUAAUUAUCUAUUCAUUGUAAACGGCACACUGCUUGUUUUAUUUGCUUGUUUGUUUGUUUUUCUUGUAGAAUAUUCACUUGAUGAAAACGCUCAAGUUCGUGAUCAAUCAGAAGCAAGUCACGUUCAAUCAUUCCACGUUGUCGUAGAACCUGAGAGAGAUUAGAAGGACGCCGAGUUCCAUUUGGAAUAUCUGGACAAAACUGAAGAGAAUCCUAUCCAGCUACCAUUGGCACAAUGAAAUAACAGCUAUUCAAUUUUGGCUUCUUCGCUGGACGACAAGUUCGUUUUUAUACCUCACCAAGGUUCAACAGAGGACGCAGCCGACUCGAUCGUCUUGCUAGUUUUUCUUAAAACAAUGAACUAAUGAACUGACUCGGAACCAACUGCAAGGAAGCUCGAUCGAAAAAGGAAAUCGUUAUAUGAUCAUACUACUGUUUAAUAACGCAGAAAUUAGCGUAGCAUAGUUCAUAAUAGCCUGAAAUUUAAUAAAUUUGUGAAAC